AUGCCUCUUGAUCAUUAUCGAUUCAAACCUGCAUUGCUUUGUUAUGAGAGUCAGUCCCCAUCAGUCCAGGGAGUUCACAUUAGUAACACAGCUGACAGACUACGACAGUUACGAAAUGUCAACCACUGUAAAUCCACUGCUGACGUCACAUGGUUUUUCUGUGAUAUUAGUAGCUUUGGCCCCGAGGUGAGUAAGAAAGAGGAAGAAAAGAUGAUGAAAAUACUCAGUUCUCCUCUUAAUAAAAAAAAAGUCACCAACAAGACAUUUGGUGUCCCUCUUGAAGAUGUUUGCAGGAAGGUUAAUGGUGAAGUUCAGAUUCCGCAUGUUAUUGUUAAAAUUGUGGCAUUUAUAACAAAACAUGGCAUAGGACAUGAAGGUAUAUUUCGUGUUAGCGGUAAUGCCAGGGUAGUAGAGAGACUGAGAUCAUCGUUUGAUAAAACUGGAGAUGCAGAUUUAGAGGAAGCUGGUGAUGUCAUGGCAGUGGCUGGACUACUAAAGCUAUAUCUGCGUGAAUUACCUGAUGCCGUAUGUCCUGAAAUUUUACAUUUGCAGUUUGUAUCAACCCAAGAAAAGUAUCACAGCGAUAGUGUUGAAUGUAUACGAAGAAUGAAAGAACUUGUUGGUUUACUGCGAGAUGAAAAUAGAGCUGUUUUAAAAUAUAUUAUUAGAUUUUUAGUAACAGUAUCAUUACAUGAAGGAACAAAUAAAAUGAACUCACAUUCUCUGUCAAUAGUAUUUGGACCAAAUUUAUUCAG